UUAACCUCGUCUAGAGGUUUUUAAUCUGAUACAAAUUUCAUGUAAACGCACACGUGUAUAUGAGUUUUCUAUUUGACUCCACAAUAAGACCAGUCAAAUGAUACAUAUGAAUGAACGUUUCAACCCGACAAUUUCGUUCGCGACGAAAAUCAUACUCAUUCGUACGCAAUGCGAUCUUGGCAAAUAUAUAUAGGAAUGUUGUUUUCACUAUAGUAUCUUCACAACUGAGCGCAGUAGGCAAAAGUGUUUGCUACUUAUAUUUUGGUGCGACGCUAAUUAUACAGUUUGUUUUGAAAGAGUACACAGAAUUAUGUCAAGUGAAUUGGGAGCUAUUCGCAAUAUUGUUAUCGAAUUUUUGUAAAUAGACAAAACAAUUAUAUCAGAAAAUUUAAUAAAUUUUUGAUUUAUAAAUAAAUUGACUAAAAAAAAUUAUUUAAAAACAAAAGGAAAUGAAUUGAUUGGCAAAACAUAUUAAACUUAUAGGAAAUAUAUUGAAAAUUGGUGAAUUCUCAAAACGAACUGUUCAAAAAAAAAAUGAAAGUACUACAAUCGGCUAAGACAGAAUCUGCCGUAUGCAAUGAGUGUGAAAAAAAUGAAUCCAAUGCAUUCGAUCAACACAAAACAAAUGUAAUUCAGGAUCUGUUAAAAACUCACAACAAUGAUGAAAGUUUGAAAUCACACAUCCGUCUGCCUGGGAUUUCGGAAAUUUUGCCAUCACUGUACUUAUGCGGAGCUGGCGUAGCUAUUCCAGUAUUUUUAGAAAAACUCGGUAUAACUUGUGUGAUAAAUGCAGCGCCUGAAUUGCCCGAAACACCGUUGCCGUUGAUUGAUGGCUCCAAACCAGUGUAUCUUCAAGUACCCGUAUUAGAUAAAAGUGAUAUUGACAUCAGCAAUUACUUUGAUGAGGUGUCCGAUCUCAUCGAACAAAUACGUCAAACGAAUGGUAAAACGAUGGUACACUGUGUGGCCGGUGUGAGUCGAUCUGCAUCAUUGGUUCUCGCCUAUUUAAUGAAAUACUGGAAGAUGUCUUUAAAAGGUGCAUUCGAAUUAGUUCGAACAGCUAGACCACAGAUUAGACCGAAUAUAGGAUUUGUUCGGCAAUUGAUUUUUUAUGAAGAAAAACUGUUUCAAAAAGUAACCGUGACGAUGGUAUUCAAAGAAUCACUUGGAUGCGAAAUACCUGACAUUUACGAAAUGGAAUAUCAAGCUCUCGAAAUAUUUUACCAUAAACAUAGACAUCUAAAGUUACGAUGAUAGAUUCAAUCCAAUUUCAAAAGUCAUUAGGAGAUUGAAGUCACUUAUAUAUAAAUUCUUUUAGAGUGGUUUUAUUCAAUAAUAAAUACCUUCGUUUAUUCCUGUGUCCCUCAUGUUUCAAAAAAUAAUAUAAAUAAUUUAUUUCUAAUACAUACAUACGCGUCGGUGAAUACAGAAGUGUUUGAACUAAAGCGUAACAUAAUUUUUUUCCUCUUAAAAACGCAAAAUGAAUCGUCGCUUCAAUAGAAGGGUAACAAGAAAAAUAUGGAUUUUGUAUGUGGUUUUUUACAGGUGGGCGGAGUAAGAGAGUAUAAUUCAUACUCUUAUUCUUACUCCCAUACAAACGGUAAAUGAGUAUGUCUCGACAUACUCAUUUUUUUCAGAAAGAGUAACUCUACACCUACUCAUUUUCCGACUCGAUUUCCGACUUAUUUUCUUACUCAAUUGUGUAUAUCUCGACAAACUCAUUUUCAAAAUGAGUGAGUAUAUACUCGCAAAUUCGCCCACCUGUAUGGUUUUUUGUGUUUUUCGCAAAAAUAAUAAGAGAUAAUGAGUUGGUGUGUUCAGCAAAGUUUUGGGAUUUGACCAAUUCUAUAACUUUUUCGAAGAUAAAACAUCGUUUACUCUUAUCAUUUUCGCGGAAAACACAAAAAUCCGCAUUCAAUAUUCCCAUUUUUCAUGUUACGCUUCUAUUGAAGCGACAAUUCAUUUUGCGUUUUUAAGAGAGAGAAAAAUGCAUGUUGCGCUUCAAUUCAAACACUUCUGUAUUCCCAUUUUUAUUCUCACCGACACAUAUGCAACUAUUAAAAACAUUUGUUAAAAACAACGUCUUUAAUUGUUUUAAAUUGGUAAGAAAAAAAAACCAAUUCACAAAAAUUGUUGGGGUUUGAAAUUAAAAUACAAACAGAAUAUUGUUGACAGGAA